AAUUAAUCAAUUAAUUAUCCAUCGAUCAAAAAUAUGAUGGUCAUCAUGGGGCUAUCUCGACAAAGCAUUUGUCAUUUUUACGAAUGAAUUAAGUUAGCAAACACGCUGGUUCCAAACAUAUAUUCGAUGCCAUUGUUAGCUUAUAAAUACUCGGGUACAGACUGUUCUACCGAGUAGUAGGUGGGCGAGGUUUAAUAGUGCAAUAGUAGCAAAGAUGCGCGCCGCAAUACUAGUGCUGGUGUUGGCAGCAGUGGUAGCAGCCAAGACAACUAGUGUGUCACUAGGGCUGGCAACGAGUAGAGCCCUUAGUGGCGCAUGCCAAGAGAGACAGACUUGCAAGGACUGCAGCACCGUGAACAUCUGUGGCUACGAUAAAACGGUCUUAGCGGAAUACCGAUGUGCGGAUCAGGAUCCCAAAAAAAUUUAUUGCGUUGGAGCCGGUGAAUGCUCGGAUAAACCUAAUCUGGAUGAGGGAUGCUUCCCGACAGACGAUCGCUGUCCACUUGGUGCUCCCGGCUACUAUCCUGAUCCCCAGGAUUGCACUCGUUACCUAUACUGUGAUGGUGGUGCCAUCGGCUACGAAGAGGAUUGUUUGGCCGCAAAUAAUGUGUACAAUCAUUCUUCGGCAUCAUGCUUUUUAAAAAAGAAAUCAUCCGAUUGCUUUCAAGUGGAUUGUAGCUCGUCCAAAAAUAAGGAUAAAUGGUUCAUCUACACACCCUUUCCCCAAAUUUACUUCUUAUGCUCGGCUGAUGGUCGAGCGGUGACGUUCCAGUGUCCGAGAGAAGAUGAGGUGUUUGAUGUUACUCUCAAAAGGUGUACGUUCCAGUGUACAUCUGCUGGCCGAUUCGCUGAUCCUAAUGAUGAUAAAAGCUAUUAUGAAUGUCUUUACACUAGCUCCACCAAGCUCGAGUUGUUCGAAAGGAAGUGUCCGAAUUCUUUAAUGAAGUUCUCUGAUGUGAAUAAAAAAUGCGAAGAAUAAAAACAAAAAAAAUAGCUCGGAUUCUUUGAUGUCAAAGUAUCCAAUAAAUAAAUAAUAACAAUUGGAUAA